AUGAAGUUAUCAGACAGUUAUGACUCUACAGGACAACAGCGAGCGAUGCCCAGGACGCUGAGCGAGUAUAUGGAAUGUUGCAGCACCAAGAGCGAUCUUUCCGACGCUUUGAAGCCCAAUCCUCGCAAUAUUCGUUUCACUUCCGCCAACACGAGCCUUGCAGACACAUUGAGGACGAUAAUCUCCCUCACAAGGCACUCGAUUGAGCAACAUCAGCAGCCAAUCAGUAUCAUUCAAGAUUUCGGAACGACGCUGUGCUUCCCAGAUAUCAACGACUCCAGCUCAACCGCCGGUAAGAUCGCUAUUCUGCUUUCGUUGGCCCGCACUAUUCAGUCCACCCUGAGCACUGGCCAGACAAGGACUAUCCGGGAUGUUUACUACUCUAAUGUCGAGCUCUAUGGCAGUCAGCGGAAGGUCGAGUACUGGCUCUCCAGCAUCACCAGAAACCUGCGUCUGGAAUCGAGAGAUUGCCUUCAUAUCCUGCCCGCACAGAAAGGCCUAUGCUACACUCCAUGCGAUAUCCGGAUUCAAACUGCGGGCAAAGAAACUGUGAUCGCGGCUCACACGUCCUCAAUGGUGCCUUACAUUGCUCGGGGCUCGAGCGUGCAGAUACUACCACCUGCGGAUCAGGAUCUAAAACUGAGGUUGGUUGUUCUGGAGAAAGAAGCGGUCUACCAUACGGUAGUCAAGACUUGUCCACCUCCAAACACCAUCUUCGUUACUGGCAAAGGCUACCCCGAUUUUUUAAGUCGACUAUUCCUUCAGCUGCUGGAACGCAACGAUUGUAUAGCGGACUGGAGGCUGUACACCGAUGCUGAUCCGCAUGGGAUCGACAUUGCCUUGAAGUACAUGCAAAAUGAGGACCACAAACAGUACAUGUGCAAGAGCCUCGUUUACAAGGGUGCUCUGCUCACCAAGUUGCUCAAGAGAAGAAAUGUGCAAUUCCUUCAGUUGAAUCACAGGGACAUCUCCUUAGCAAUCGGUUUGAUCAAGCGGCUUUCACAGCCGUCGAGCCACCCGUCUAACAUUGGCUGUCUGAGGGUUCAGCUACAAAGGCAGAUGUUUUUUCUGAAGAAAGCUGAGAUGAAUUCAAUGGCCAUAGACGAGUACGUUCUUUAG